AUGGCGUCAAACGGCGAAAACAGCGACGACAGCAAGCAUCUGGCCAAGAUGACCGCUCUCAAAAACACCAAGGCCACACUCGAAGCCAAAAAGAGCAGACUCGAGGCCGAACUCGAAGCCAACGAGAUAGCUCUUGAGGCCAUCAAUACCGCUCUCGAGACCUUCGUGGCUGUUCCUCCGAACGAGACCAACGAUUCUGGUGGUUCUACAGCCACGCCCAACUCGGUCCCAGUGCCACCGCAGACUCUUGGCCGAACUGGGCAGAAUAGUGACAGCAGAGAUGCCAACACUUGGGCUCCCGGUCGUGGUCGUGGUCGCGAUCGCCGUAGCCCACAUCGUGGUGGUUCGGGUCUUGGUUCUUAUGCAGGCGUCUCGAAAAGCUUGAAGAGCCAGGUCGCCAGCACUGUGCCCAACAUUGGUAUGGCGGUGCACAAUAACCCCGACACAAACAAUCGGGCCAUGGUCAAUACCUUCAACCCUAGUGGCGACCAGACCAAUGCCACAUCACCCCACACAGAUGCUGGAAGUGCUGCUGCUUUGAACAACGACUCUCGACACUACAAGUCGGUCGUGGAUCAGGUAAAGGCAGAAUCCCAGUGCGACAGCGUUAUCAGCAUCGUGCAACCUGUUGACGAUCGUACCCGGUGUAUUCUCAAAAUACAAGAAAUGGACAGGCGUGUCGAGUCCGCCAUGAAAGAAGUGGAUAGGCUACGAAGGAAGGACGACGUCGCUGGCUCAAAUAGGUGGAACAAACCAGGCCGACGUCGAGGACGUUUCUAA